GUCAACCAUUGUUUCUCUAAUUUUUUGAUUGUUUUUUCAAAAUAUUUUUGUUAUUUUUUGGCUUUUAUUUCUGCGAUUAUGCCUUCUAUACGUUUCACAUGGCGUGGCAAAAUGCGUCAACCUUUCGGAGUGCCAUUAUUUCAUGGAAUUUGGGCGAUGCAGCCUGGCAGAUUUCUUCAAAAAACAAUUAUGGUAAAAGAUAACGACGUUGAUGCAGCAUUUCAUGUUUUAAAUAGAUUAAUGGAACGUGAAGGUUUACUCAAAAUAAUUAGAAAUACUCGCUACUUUCUAAAGCCAUAUAUGCAACGAAAUCAAUAUGCUAAAGAAGCAUCUGAAGCAAUUAUUGAUGAAGACCGUGAAAGGAAAUUUAAAUUUUUGACAAGAAAAAAUAGAGCGGAUGCUUAUCCUGGACAGAUUACACAUUAA